GGGACGCUUUAAACUCAGGUACCUGCUUUGACAACAAGGAAGUGGACUUUCUCUCUCUCUGUGUUUUUGUUUGUUUGGAGGAAAUAAAGAAGAUCUCACCAUGGAGGGACCUUCCACGAGUGACGCUGCUGCAGAACCGUCUGUCGGAGCUCAGGUUCCUUUCCUUCACCUGUGCACCACUCUAGAGAAAAUCCAGAAGUCUAAACUCCGUCCUGAUAAAUCCAAGAUCCUCAGAGAUUUCAUGGAGUCGUGGAGGAAGUUUCACUCGGCCCUCCACAAAGACAAUCCCAAGACCACUGACUCGUUCUACCCAGCCAUGCGCCUCGUCGUUCCCUCGUUCGAACGAGAGCGGAUGGCUUAUGGCAUCAAGGAGAACAUGUUGGCGAAACUCUACAUCAACGUGUUAGGCCUCCCACAGAACGGCCCAGAGGCCAAUAAGCUGUUGAACUACAGAGCUCCGACCACGUCCCAGGGGGAAGCUGGAGACUUUGCGGGCAUGGCGUACUUUGUGCUGAAGAAGCGAUGCACCAGCCAAGGAAGCCUCAGCAUCAAAGAAGUCAACGACUUUCUGGACUCGGUGGCGAUCAACAAUGGGAGCAAGCAGAAGGAUCUUGUGAAGAAGAGUCUGCUGCACAUCAUCACCCAGAGCUCCGCCCUCGAGCAGAAGUGGCUCAUCAGGAUGAUUCUGAAGGACAUGAAGCUCGGGGUCAGCAAAGAAACUGUUCUCCAAGUCUUCCACCCAGAUGCUGCUGAAUUCUACAACGUCAACACAGACUUGAACAAGGUUUGCCAGCAGCUCCACGACCCGUCCUUGUCUCUGAGUGAAGCCUCCAUCGGGCUUUUCUCUGCCUUCAAGCCCAUGUUAGCAGCUAUGGCUAACAUCCGCAAUGUGGAGAAACAGAUGGGCAACAGCCCCUUUUACAUCCAGACCAAGCUGGACGGGGAGCGAAUCCAGCUGCACAAAGACGGAGACGUGUACAAAUACUUCACUCGGAAUGCUUUUGAAUACACGCAGCAGUUUGGAGGAUCGCCACUGGAGGGCUCGCUGACACCUCACAUCCAUAAUGUGUUUAAAAGUCAUGUCGUGAACUGUAUCCUCGAUGGGGAGAUGAUGGCGUACAACUCGACCACAGAGACCUUCAUGCAGAAAGGGAGCAAGUUCGACAUCAAGAAGCUGAUGGACGACUCUGGGUUGCAGACUUGCUUCUGUGUGUUUGACGUGUUGCUAAUCAAUAACCAGAAGUUUGGCAAUGAAACGCUGAAGAAGCGCUACGAGGUCAUUAACACAGUGUUCACGCCAGUUAAAGGAAGGAUUCAACUGGUGCAGAAGAGCGAUGCCAGAACCAUGCAAGAGGUGGUGAAUGCCCUCAACGAUGCCAUAGACAGCCGAGAAGAGGGGAUCAUGGUGAAGGAUCCUUUAUCCAUCUACAAACCCGACAAACGAGGGGAAGGAUGGCUGAAGAUAAAGCCAGAAUAUGUCGAUGGCUUGAUGGAUGAACUCGACCUGCUGAUCGUUGGCGGCUACUGGGGGAAGGGGAGACGAGGCGGCAUGAUGUCCCACUUCUUAUGUGGCGUUGCUGAGGCUCCGAAGCCUGGAGAGAAACCCUCAGUGUUUCACUCGUUCUGUCGCAUCGGCUCCGGCUACACCAUGAAGGAGCUGUACGACCUUGGUUUGAAGCUCGCCAAGCACUGGAAGGUUUACCGGAAAAAUGACCCCCCAGCUUCCAUCCUGUGUGCAACAGAGAAGCCAGAAGUCUACAUCGAGCCCUGCAAUUCUGUCAUCAUCCAAGUGAAGGCGGCGGAGAUAGUCGGCAGCGACAUGUACAGAACCAGCUGCACCCUGCGCUUCCCAAGGAUCGAGAAGAUCCGCGAUGACAAAGAGUGGCACCAGUGCAUGACGCUGGCGGAGCUGGACCAGUUCCGCAGCAAGGCGCUGGGGAAACUCGCCUCGCGCCACCUCAGCAUCAACAACGAGGAACCACAGAAGAAGAAGCGCAAGGUGGCGCCCAAACCCAAGAAGGUGGUCGGCCUCAUCGACCACUUUAAGCCUCAGGACCUCUCCGGGGUUACCAAGGAGACGGAUAUGUUUGAGGAUGUGGAGUUCUGCAUCCUGAACGGCACCGAGGAUCAUCCCAAGGCCGAGCUGGAAAAGGGCGUCGUCAGGUGCGGAGGAAUCGUGGUUCAAAACCCCGGACGUGACACCUACUGUGUGGUCGCCGGCGUGGAGAACAUGCGCGUCAAGAACCUGAUUUCGGCCAACAAGCACGACAUGGUUUGGGCGUCCUGGCUGCUGGAGUGCCUGCAACAGAAGGAAGUGGUCCCAUGGCAACCGCACCACAUGAUCCACAUGUCGCCCUCCACCAGGGAGCACUUCGCCAAGGAGUACGACAGCUACGGCGACAGCUACCACGUGGACACGGACGAGCAGCAGCUGCGUGAGGUGUUCAACCGCAUCGGCAGCGGCAACCAGCAGGCAGCCGCGAACGUCGGGCAGGUGGAGCAGCAUUACAGCUGGGACGACCUUCCCACCAGCAUGUUCAGACCCUUCAGGGUUUACAUGGACAGCUGUGCUGACGUAGGAGAAACCAAAACCGCCAUAGCUGGGUCCUGUUUGGACAUCAGGGCGCUGGAGUUCCGUUACCAUGGAGGCAGAGUGGAGCAGAAGUUGGAGGAAGGAGUCUCUCAUGUCAUCAUCACAGAGGAAACAAGGCUUCUGGUUUUAAGGACUUUGAGGCGAAGCUUCAUGAAGAAGUUUAAGAUUGUGAGAGACUCUUGGGUGAGUGACUCAAUCAAAGCAGGAUAUGUGAUGAAUGACAAUAAUUACUUAGUUUGACGAGUCUUCAGGUGAUGACGCUGGAGGAGAAUCCUCGUUUUUAGCAUUUUAAUUCAUUCAAAUAAAGGGAUUUUAAUCAAAUCAAACAAACCAUUAAAAGAAAAAUAAGAGAUUUGAUUUUAAAAAGCGUUUAACAGGGCUUUCAUGGAAAUGUAAUGUUUUCUAAAUGAGUCAUUAAGGCUCCUCGGUGUCGGUUUGUCUUUUUAGCAUUCAGAAUCAUUUUAUUAUGAGGUUUUCAAAUCUAGAAGCCAAUUCAGUUUUUUCCCCUAAAGCCAAAAACUAUAAGCUGAGCAGUUUUCAGACUCUGGAGAAAAACAGUCUGACUCGUUCACAACAACAGGAACAUGUGGGGAACAUUCAGGUGAGGGGCGGAGCCUGUAGAGCAGCAGGAGGCCGGACAUUGACGUAUACAUUUUUCGUCUUCAUUUUCCUGCCGUAUCCUCACAUGGAUUCACUCUGAUAUUUUCCGGACCUUUCAUGAGGAGGCUUGCAGGGAAAGUUCUGGAAAAUCUCUGGAGCAAUUGACUCGAGCAUUUGCGUUCUCAUAACCAGCUCCUCCAGAAAAUUUCAGGAAAACGUCCAGACUUCAGUGCAGGUCUGAAAUCAGCUCAAAGCAGAAAAUGUAAAACUGCAGAAUAAUUUAUUUCUCUGUCUGUGAUCGGUGCCUUUAUGCUUCUGUGUCUUUUUAUUCACACAAUAAAU